GAAUUAAGAUGUAAGUACGAAUAUGAUACAAUUUUAAAGUGGUUAUUUUUUAAAAGUGGUAUUUUUUGAUGAAGAGAGUUUUGGGAAGGCGUGUAAAGUUUGGAUUUGAAAACUAUUUUAAAAUAACGUAACCGAGGCGUAUGCACGCUGUGAUGUUUCCUCUAAUAUGCAGUGGGGCAGCCUCUACAUCGUGUGUUUAGCACUGUGCUGCCUGCAAACAACGUCUGAACCACUACGCUACCCCGAGGACCAAACGCAUGGCCGGUUCCGACGCGACGAAAAGGACGGUCUUGCGCUCUCCAGAGAAAUAUUCAGGAACAUCACGAAGCAGCUCCGGGAGAACAUCAAGCGGGAAGGACCGACGGAUAGGAGUGACCAUCUUUUACACAGUAAACUAGAAGACUCCCGCCACUAUGGGCAAUAUCAGGGUUACCAUCACCACGAGCACCACUGGGGGCCCUACUUCGAGGGCGAUGUGGGGGAUCCGGAGGGCACGAUGCAAGUGACGGCCCAUGUGGGGGCCGAGGCCCUGCUAAACUGUAGGGUUGGGAUGCUGAAGGAUAAAACAGUGAUGUGGUUGCGGCGGACGACAGAUUCAGCUCAAUUGCUCACGGUUGGGAGAUCCCCGUACGCGGGCGAUAAUCGGAUAGCUGUCAAGUUCCAGUACCCCAAUAAUUGGAGGCUCAGCAUGAACCCUGUCAAGAGGGCUGAUGCGGGCCUGUAUAUGUGCCAAAUAUCGACGCAUCCUCCGAAAGCAAUAUUAGCUAAUUUAACUGUUUUGCCUCCAGUUUUAACCAUAAACGGAGACCAGACCCAUGAACUGAAGGAUAGAUUUUACAAAGCGGGCAGCUCUAUAAAAUUGUCCUGCGUCAUAUCAGAUGAAUACGUAGCCUCGCUGACCACAAAAGUCCCCCUCACUACAGCAGUUCCCACAACUACAACUCCUUUAACCACAACUACAGAAAUGACUACAAAAAUGAGCACAAUUUUUAAUAGAAUAGAUCUAAUGAUGAAUAAAAGUUGGAGUGUCGAGACUACGACGAUUACUUCGACAGUUAGUGUUAGUACAACUACUAAAAAUAUGGCGGAAUUGAAGACAACGGUGACGCCUGUGAUAACUUCGACUGUUCCGACGGUGGUGAACAACAUCUACGGAAUGGUUUGGAAGAAGCAGGGGAAAGAAUUCAAUGAGAAUGUAUCGUGGCGGAAUAUGAGUGCCACGAUCAGCGUAGCGUCGGCUUCGCAGAACGACAGUGGAACAUACACGUGCCACUUACAGAACCAUUCGCAAGUUAUAAUCAACGUUCAUGUUUUGAUCGGUGAAAACCAAGCAGCCGUUCACCAUGACACCUGGAACAAGGGGACCUUAUUUUGGCAAAGCCUUUCUCUAAUCUACCUUUCAAUGUUACUAAUAUUUGCUACUUGAAAUAGUGGUUACUAAGACAAUGUAAAGACUUUGUUUAUUGAAAAUCGUACACUAUUGGUGAUCAUCAUCAUCCUCCUUGCGUUAUCCCGGCAUUUGCCACGGCUCAUGGGAGCCUGGGGUCCGCUCUCGACAACUAAUUCCAAGAUUUGGCGUAGGCACUAGUUUUACGAAAUCGA